AUGGCUCUAGCUCCCUGCAGAUGGAAUCCGAUGAACUGGAAGGCCAAAGUCUCUCAGCCCUCUCGAAAUCUUCGAGAGAAGGAGGUUAGUCUUGAUCCCCUUCCCAUGGAUGCUGGAACUUCCGUCCGAGAUCCUAUCCCCCCUUCUUCGGUUAGCAGUGACGGUGCUUUGUUUGUUCCUGAUAAUUCUGUGAGUGAUUCUGACUUCGGUCCUUGGCUUCUCGUUUCUCGCCGGCGAGGCCAACCCCGUUCCCGUGGCGGUGGUGCUCGCACCCCUAACGUGAACGUUGGAACGGCAGCCGCUCCGAGCAACGAUGACCGCUCAUCCCGAGGAGUUCCUGUUCGUGGUACACGUGGCGGCUUGCGAGGCGGUUCGAGUGGGCGGCGUCCCUCUCCCCGCCCCACGUUGCACGACUCCCCAAGUCUGCAGAACACUGUUCUCUCUGCCAACCCUUACACCCCUGACAUCGUUGAUCCCUCCGUUGCUUUAUCAAUUACGCCUUGGGACCCUAACACGCUCCAUCCCGAGGCUCCUCGGGACCCUUCUACUUCCACUAUGCUGCCCUCUCCUGUCAUCUCACAUUCCACUUUGGAGAACCCACCUACUGACACUCUACCCAGAACUCCCACUCACACUGCUAAAGAGAUGUUGACUCGUCGGCAUCCCUCUCCUCCCCCUGUUCUUUUGACCACUUCCUCUGCAAACCCUUCCAUCAAACCUCAUAGUCCUAAUCCAGAGCACUCGAAACUUGUUUCUUAG